CUUCCGUCAGCUGCCUUUCCCGGGCGUCUCCCCGCAACCUCCUCGACUUCCCUUGUCCGUGACGCGGCGCCCGGCGGAGGUCCGACGGGACGGGGGCCCGGGGAGCUUAGGCUGCAGGUCUAAAAUGCCAUGAUUCUGUGAUUAGGGGACUGUUUGGAAGUACAGACAUGCAAUCGGGAAGACUGGAUCUAUGGCUGCGGCGCAGGCUCUAUCAGGUUGACUUAACUGGAGAAGACUUCCUGAAUGUAAUUGAGAUUGGAACAUACUAAAAGAUCAACCAAGAUGGACUUUAACAGGAUCAUGAGCAACAAAAUGAAUAAAUGUAUUUUUACACAGCCUCUGCUUGAAUGUCCUGGUGUACCAAAAUGCAAUGCGUCUUGAGUUAGAAGAUGGACACACAGAGUUCAGCCAAAGUCAAUACGAGGAAGAGGAGGAAAGAGGCACCUGGACCCAAUGGGGCAACAGAGGAAGACGGAAUUCCUUUUAAAAUGUCGCGCUGUGCAAUUGGCUUACGGCAGCCAGCUCCUUUUUCUGAUGAAAUUGAAGUAGACUUUAGUAAGCCCUAUGUCAGGGUAACUAUGGAAGAAGCCAGCAGAGGAACUCCUUGUGAGCGGCCUGUGAGAGUUUAUGCAGAUGGAAUAUUUGACUUAUUUCACUCUGGUCAUGCCCGGGCUCUGAUGCAAGCAAAGAACCUUUUCCCUAAUACAUACCUCAUUGUGGGAGUUUGCAGUGAUGAGCUAACGCACAACUUCAAAGGCUUCACAGUGAUGAAUGAAAAUGAGCGCUAUGAUGCAGUGCAGCACUGCCGCUAUGUGGAUGAGGUGGUGAGGAAUGCCCCCUGGACCCUGACACCGGAGUUCUUGGCAGAACACCGGAUUGAUUUUGUAGCCCAUGAUGACAUACCUUAUUCUUCUGCUGGGAGUGAUGAUGUUUAUAAGCACAUCAAAGAAGCAGGCAUGUUUGCUCCAACACAGAGGACAGAAGGUAUCUCCACAUCAGACAUCAUCACCCGAAUUGUCCGGGACUAUGAUGUGUACGCGAGACGGAACCUACAAAGGGGCUACACGGCCAAGGAGCUCAAUGUCAGCUUUAUCAACGAGAAGAAAUACCACUUGCAGGAGCGGGUUGACAAAGUAAAGAAGAAAGUGAGAGAUGUGGAGGAAAAGUCAAAAGAAUUUGUUCAGAAGGUAGAGGAAAAAAGCAUUGACCUCAUUCAGAAAUGGGAGGAGAAAUCUCGAGAAUUCAUUGGAAGUUUCCUGGAAAUGUUUGGUCCAGAAGGAGCACUGAAACAUAUGCUGAAAGAGGGGAAAGGCCGGAUGCUGCAGGCCAUCAGUCCAAAGCAGAGUCCCAGCAGCAGCCCCACUCGUGAACGCUCCCCCUCCCCCUCUUUCCGAUGGCCCUUCUCUGGCAAGACUUCCCCACCUUCCUCCCCAACAAACCUCUCCAGGCACAAGGCUGCAGCCUAUGAUAUCAGUGAGGAUGAAGAAGACUAAUUUUUCAUCCCUCCUUUCCUCUCCCCUCCCUCUGCCCCAUCACCUUCAGAAGCUCUUUGUUGAAUUCCAAAUUGUGAUCCCAACACUAAACGUAAGGACAGCUACAAACGAAAGACAAUUGGGGCAAGAGGACCUAGGAUGAGGAGACCAGACAGCGCGUCCUCCAAGAGACAUCACCCACCCAUACCAAGAAGGAGGCUGACUACACCUUAGAAGCCUGUUCUGCAUCCAUAUACUCUCCCCAUGGACUUUGCUUUACUGUUUAUGUUCAUGUGAUCUUGACAGGGAAAUUGUCAUUUUUAUUAAUUUUUUAAAAAUUAAUCUUUCAAAUAUAGUAAGGAGAACUAAUUUUUUGCCCUUGAGGAGUGGGCAGAGGAAGUGGUAUAAUACCCAGAGACCUUUUCUUCCUGAUACACUGUGGUGUUUGCCUCUUCUUCUGAGGCAAACUGGCUUGCCAAAUCCUUCAAGCAAUGAGCCAUGCUGAUGGAUGAUUUUGGGGGGGAAAUAUCAUAAUUUUGGUUACCUUAAAGAAAAGCUAAAAGCUGAGUUACAGUCACAAAUCCUCUAAAUGUACUGCUGAUACAUGUGUCAAUGUGGCUGUGGGAAGAAGGAGAUCUGAGCCUAACUUUUCUUACUCCCUGAGGAGUUUCUUGUUGGACCCAAGGGGGUCCAUGAAGACACUGAUGGGGAUGGAACCAGACCACAUGGCAUCAGCUGCAGCUUUUCUGCUGUGUUCAUCUUCUCAGAAAAUGUCUUGCCCAGUUAUUUGGGAGCUCUUGUCAAUCUCUUUUCUGCAAUCUACUUUUAAAGGAAGGAACACUUUCUGGGUUACUGUGAUUGAGGAGGGGAGUGGAACAAUACUCAAUCAUAUACCAAGUCAGUUUAGAUUAAUUUUUCUGCUGGGAGUAAGUCUCUGGCCCUGCUACUGCUAUUUCAGUGCUUAUUACCUAGCUUUUUACAAAGAAUACUUUGUAAAUGUCUGCAGUUUGAACAUGAUCUGUUAAUCCAUGUUGCUCAUAGCCAUAUUGAACAUUUGGAGAGAUGUGCACAGAACAUAGACACAAAAGUGUAAGUAAACAACCCCCCUUUCUAAAGCCUUAUCUUGACCUCUGCCCCUCUUAAGAAUGUUCUUAACUGGAACCAGUGCUCCAUGCAGUGUUUCUUUUCCUCAGAGUUGCAGCUGGCAGAGACUUCCCUUCACUGCCCCUCCAGCAGGCCACAAAGCAUGGGUUCACAUUACAAGAGUAUGGUAGGGUCUCUCCCUCUCCAUGUGUGCCUGGUGGUUAUGGUUCUACCUCCCCUAUUAACGUUGCCCAGGGGGAUUCACCUCUUCAAUUUCACAUCAGAGAAUGCUGAAACCUAACACUUGCUGUUGAGCAUGAGCUCAUUUAAACCUCCAGCAUCCUACAGCUACAUGACCUCACAGAUCAUCAUCCAUCAAUAAUCCUGUAGCUGGGUUCAGGGGAAAAUUGCUUAUGUCCAAGCCCCACCCCGUCACUCAUAAAUACCCCUUGUGGGGGUGAAGUUUUAGUGUUUUCAGCUAAGAAAACCACAUUUCAUCUUUUCUUGCCUCUCUGCUAGGGCUAUGAGGAUCUCAUAGUCCCCUUCAUAAAAACUUUCUGAUAAAACCUACUCUUCUGCCUAAGGGUCAAAGGCUAGAAUCACUGCCUGCCUGCACAGCAGGACUACCUACGUCCUUAAAACUCAGAUCACCCAGAGAGUCAGAGUAUGACAGAGUAGAGGGACAAAGAGGGGGAAACCUCUUGUCCUGAUGGCCUAUGAAAACUACAUUUCUAACUCUCUUCAUGAAGUGCUAUCUUUACUAUCAAAUCUAGUUUACACGAGCUUUGGCUUGGAAUCCUUUUUUUGAAACAGUUGGAGUUAAUGUUUUCUUAUAUUACCCAGCUUCAUAUGAUCACAUAUUUUAACUUUUCUGCUUCAGUCUUCCCUCUUGGAAUUCUGCCUGUUUUUGUCUUAUUCUCCCUGGUAUAGAAACGCGAUGCAGUCACCACUGAAGCCCACUUACUUGUUCCCUCAAAGUACACAUGUUAUCCAAGUGUAUUUGGAAAGGGAGAUGCCUAGAAUGUGGUUUUCCUCCCUGCAGUCACUCCUCUCAAGUGUAUGUCAUGUCUAGGUCCCAAAUGUUUGGGGCCUGCUCUGCUCUGUCAAUGGGCUGCUUUUGGCAUGCCCUGCCCUUGGAAUAUGACCUCCAGGCUGAUAAGCUCUGUGAGACUGCUGGGGCCAGCCUGUGCAUGUGUUCCUGAAAAACUCUCUUGCCCCUUUUGGUGAGCCUCUACUGCCUCAGUCUCCUAACACUAGUAUAUCUUCAAAUAAUUUUGACUUACAGCAAAACUUUUAUGGUGUGGCAUGUUAGAUACUUUGGGAUGAAUGUGAUCCUAGGUGCUGGAUAAGGAUGAGUGGAUAGAGGAAGCUGUUAGGAUGAUGCAUUAUUUGAUAUUUGUGCCUAAUUAAAUGAGGUUAGAGGUUUGCAUACCAUGACCAUGCCUGUGAUCUGUAAAUCUAAUAUUAAUGUUUGAGGCUGUGGAGCUAUUUCUCUGAAUCCAUGCACAAAGCAGUCAGCCUGAAUAGGCCAAAUGUGGCAGAGAUGGGAGAGCCUUAAAAGUUGGUUGGCCUUGGAGCCUCUGCCUGCAAGAUAGAAGGAGAAUGGAGACUGAAGCCCUGUAGCUGGUGCUGAAGAGGUGCCAUUUCAGCAGUUACCUUGAGAUGGGCUGAGCAGGAAGUUUGCUCUUUUCAUACACUAGACACAGUAGAACUGAAGAAUAGAGGUUGAAACUUUAGAGGAAUAGAAAUGGAUCAUUUGUACUGCUGCAGCUGCUUCUGAUAGCUGGAGCCAAAGACCAUUAUUUUGCUGAGGCUUGGGUAAGAAGGUUGGGGAUGUGAGGAGGUUGAAAUGCUGAAGAGAAGAGAAAAUAUGGAGGAGGUCAAGAGAACUUUUGACCUUUUGUGAUCACUGAUAACUUCUUAGGCAGCACCUGAGUUGCAUUUUUCUUAUUUUACUUGAGACCACAGCCAGUCAGGCAGUCUCUGGAUAGUCUCUCUACAAUGGUUUUUCAUAGUGUUUUUAUUACUGUCUUUCUGGAAUAUCUUGAUUUGUGGGUAGCUUUUUUUUUUUUUUCUCCCCUGGAGCUCAUUUCCUUUUUAAUCUGGUUCCAGAUCCCUUAUCUAAAAUCUUUCCAAAUCGAUUAUAUUUUGCUGCUUUUCUUUAAUUUCCUAAAAGCCAUAGCUUCUCAUUUUCUGUCAGCACACAGUCUCACCAGAAGUUGAACCACUACAGGCAGGAAAAAAGGCCUCCAUAACGAUGUUUUUAAUUAAUGGUAUUUUUUUUAAGCUUACCAAUAUAAGUAUUUUUAAAGGCUAUAUUUUUCAAAGUCAUACAAUGAUUGUUCUUGUCUUCUCUUAUAGAAUAGAUUGUCAUGGGAUAAAGAGUGGUCCCUAGCUUCUAAUUUUCCAAAUAAGCAGAACGUGUUCUUGGGAUUAAACUAUUAAAUGUUAAUUUUCUUUAAAAGAAAGAAGAUAUUCUGUCUGCUAAAGUUUUAUGUUAGUACUCAGACUGGGGUAGAAAACAAAAGUACUAAGUUGAACGUUAGGAUGACUCAAGUUGUGUUCCUUUAGGUAUAAAGUGGGCUUUCCCACCCUUCUUUUGGAGGCACUGACUGUUUUGAACACAGACUUGAUUAGUUGGGUUGUUUUGUAUUGAGGAACCCGCAAAAACGAGUCUGGGAAAGAAAUGCUGGCCGUGGCGUGAAUGUUAGCCCCAUCACCAGUGCCAGCGUCUACAGGGACAUUUUCUUCAGUCAGUGUUGAGUAUAUUGUUUUCCUGUCUGAGUGUUAUUAAUUUGUUCAGAGUUACAUUGGCUUUUGUCAUUUAGCCAAAUAAAGGCAAUGUGGUUUUACCUGAA